AUGGCAGCCAACCAAAUCAUCUGGAUGAUGGUGCUGAAAAAGCUCGGCGUUUACGACUGGUGGGCAGCGUCCGAGAGACGCUCCAAGAGCUCUCAUGUCAAACAAGAAGACUUCCCGCCCAAUGCCAAAGACUUUUCUGGAGGCUCCCUCUUCUCGUCCGACAUUUGGAUCGAAGGGCAACGCGUCGUUGUGCCUAAGGCCGCGACUGGACGGGUCAACCUCCCCGCCGCCAACAAGCCCGCCCUCCUCCUCAAAACAUGCAUCCCUCUGACGGUUGAAGAGGGUGUCCUGCGACCAACAUGCCCGGUGAUCCAACGGCAAGCACGGAUCGAAAUUCCGGCCAUCGCCGGCAUGAAUGAGGUCUCUUCUCUCCCUGUCGCCAGAGGCAACCUGGGAUUCAUUCCUGGGAUUUUAAUCUCUCUCCUCGUCGUCGCCGUCCUCUUUGCUCUCGCCAACCUCACCAAUUGGCGCAGACGCGCACUCCAAGCCGAAGAUUCGGCACAGCGCCGGGAAACCAUGGUCUGCGACCAUGAAGAAAAAUUCCGUGUCCUGAGAAGCGAAAUCGAGGGACAGAAGGAAGAGAUUGCCUGCCUGGAGAAGGACCGCGAGACCUAUAAAAGCAGCAAUCAAGCUCUCGAAAAGGAGAUGAAAGAGGCCAAGGAAAAGCUCGAAGAAAAUAGAGCAUCCAUGACUGCAAAUGACGAGCUCGCAAGAGAACAGCAAGCGAAGCUCGAAGAGAAAGGCUCCUUGAUCACGGAGCAAGAAGCCACCAUGGCGAAAAAGGACUCCUUGUUUAAGGAGCAAGAGGCCAUUAUGGCAGACCUGAUCAAGGAGAAAGAAGCCAUGAUGGCUAAACAGCACUCCUUGAUCGCAGAGAAAAAUGCCAGCAUGGCCAAGCACAAGGCCGAGAUUGAGGAGCAAAAUGCCAGCAUGGCCAAGCAGAAGGCCCAAAUCAAAGAGCAAGCAGCCACCAUAGCCAAGCAAAAGGCUCAGAUUAAAGAGCAAACUGCCAGCAUGGCCAAGCAGAAGGCCCAGAUUAAGGAGCAAAAUGUCAAAAUGGCGAAAAAAGACUCCUUGAUCAAGGAGCAUGAAGCCAUGAUUGCUAAAAAGGACUCCGACAUCGCUCAGAAAAAUGCAGCCAUGGCCAAGAAAGAGGCCGAGAUCGAGAAGCAAAAUGUCAAAGUGGCUGACCAAAAGGCCGAGAUCAAGAAGCAAGCAGUCGCCAUGGCGAAAAAAGACUCCUUAAUCAAGGAGCAAGAAGCCAAGAUGGCUAGACGAGACUCCUUGAUCGCGGAGCACGAAGCCACUAUGGCUAAGCAAAAGACCAAGAUUGAGCAGCAAGACGCCGUCCUGAUCGAAAGAGACUCCUUGAUCAAGGAGCAAGAAGCCACGAUAACUCAACGAGACUACUUGAUCACGCAAAAAAAGGACAGAAUCGCCAAGCUAGAGGACGAUAUCGAGGGGCUAAAUCAAUUCGAAAAGGACCGAAAUGCCGACUUCCUCAAGGACUUUGAUGAUGUGCAGGAGAGCAGAAUUGCGUCGCUACAGUCCCGGUUGGACAGGCAAGAAGAACAUUACGGCGAUGAACUGAGCAAUGCGAAGGACGCUCUCCAGCAGAAGGAGAACGAGAUCAAGGAGAAGGCUGACGCCGUGGCCCGACUUGAGGAGGAGAAGGAAGCCGCCGCAAAGGAAGCGAGCGCGCUCGGCGGCGUCAGAGACCGCCUGACGAAGCAACUCGAGGAGGCAAACAAGGAGCUGCGGUCGGCCAAAUUUUUCGACAAGGACCUCUCGCGCCGCAGGGAGGAAAUGUUGGCGAAGCAGACCAAGCGGCUUCACAAUCACACCCUCCACAUCAAGGCGCUCAAGGCGCAGAUCGAGGGGCUGGGCAAAGUGCCCGUCUCCCCGCCCACACCAGCGGGCGACGCCACACCUGCGCCAGCACCAAACCCGACGCUUGAAGUACCAGAGGCUCCUGCGACGACUCCGGCGCAGCCGUCGACGCCUGAACCUCGCCCGUCCGCUCCCACGUCUGGCCGUCAAUUGACGGACAGUCGCUGGGCCGAUGCGACCCCUCCGAGCGGGCCUGCCGCCAUGCGCGGUGGGUUCCAAGGACGCGGUCGUGGACGUGGCAGGGGUGGGUACUGA